GGUUCCUUUCCGGUCACCGCUAACUCUGUUCAAUGCGUCGAUCCAGAAGCGCAUUGUGUCGCCAUAUGGACCGUUCGUGAAAACAAGUCUGAAGUACUUUUGCAAGGUUGCUGGAACGUCGUGCAAGAUGCCUGUUCAGGACCUGACAUCUGCUCCAGCGGAAAUCGUAUUUUCCAAUCCUCACGAAGUGGAUACCCCACCUACAUGUGCUGUUGCCGACCGAGUAACUGUAAUCAUAUUAACCGCAUCGUCGUUGGCCCUUUAUAUCGCCAACGAUCGAAUGAGACCCAUGAGAACAGUCGUGAAGAUCAUCAGGAAAAAGACUCUAGGAUGACGAUAUUGGUGUGGAUUUCGUCAAUGCUCAGCGUAGCAAUUCUCCUGCUAGCUGCAAAGCGUUACUAUCGAACGCGACGGCAAGGCCAGAGUGAAACGGCUGAGGUCUUACGACGACUGUCUGCGAGCGGUGUGGCACCAGUACCAUGGUCAGCGAAGGCCAUUCCAAGUCAAUCAGACACUUCCGUCGAAGAACCUCUUCUUGAGGAUCACGAUCCGUUUGUUGCGUCGUUGCAACUUCUAGAACGAAUCGGUAGCGGACAUUUCGCUGACGUCUUUCGUGCAUCAUCCAACCUAGGCGACGUGGCAGUGAAGGUGUAUCAUGCGGAUCAGGCAACCUUUGACAACGAAUUCGACAAUCUGACCCUACUUCAGUCUUUGAAGCAUCCAAAUACGGUACAGUUGAUUCGUGCAGAUGUCGCUACAAAGGGUCUGGUAUUGCAGUUAUACUCCGGCUCUCUGCAUUCACUUCUUGAGGAACAUUCACUGGAUAUGACCGAUUUCUUCGAUUGUGCCAUAGCCAUCAGUGGAGUUCCGAAGCCAGUGAUAGCUCAUCGUGACCUGAACCCGCACAAUGUUUUGUACAGCCGUCAAGGUGGUGCAAGAAUACAGCUUUGUAUCGCCGAUUUCGGGUUAUCGGUCUCAUUUCCAGAAGGCCGACCGGCAAAGAGCCUUGAGCUUCUGACCGAGAGAGGCACCGUACGUUAUAUGGCCGUGGAACUCCUCGAAGGAUCAGUAAAUCUAUUGGAUCCGAUGACGUCAUUGCUCCAGACUGACGUCUAUUCCUGUGCUUUAGUGCUGUGGGAGCUUUUUUGGCGGUGCAGAGAUGUCUGGCCUGCUGGUGAAAUCCCAUCGCAUCGAGUUGCUUAUGACAAUUUGGUGCCACGGAAUCCCCGAUUGGAACACAUGUAUCAGGUGGUGGUCCGUGAACGACGACGUCCCGACAUACCGCCUGCGAAUUCAAAAGCUGAAAGUUUGGUCGAAUUGUGGUCGUCCAUUACCGAAAUGUGGGAACAGGAACCUGAAGGUCGAACAACAGCCGCCUGUUCAGCUGAUCGAUUGCGGCGACUUAGAAGAAGUCUAGAUCCAACGGGUGCGGAACGUGAUCAAUAA